AUGGGCCUUGAUGCUCACAAUGGAGCCCAGAAGUCGGUGAGCAAUAUCUUGCCUCCUGCGCGGCAUUCUUUACCAGGAAAUCGGUCUACCUUUCCAACCACCGUGCAGAUCACGACCUCCGACAAUGCCGCCACCAAUAAACGUUCGCCGAGUUUGGCGCCCGACGAGGUGCAACUCGGAAGAAGGGACCCGAAAAAGAUCAUAUCAUUCAGCUCUUCCGACCCCGAAAGCCCGUACAAUUGGCCCAAGAAGAAAAAGCUAAAUGUGUUUUUGGCUGGCAUAAUAACGGUGAUCAACAGUACAUUGGACUCAUCAUUACCCAGCGGAGCUAUUUCUUUCAUGGCCAAACAUUUCAAUGUCACGGAUGAGGUCCAAUUACCCCUCCCGAUAUCGUGUUUCCUUGCUGGUUAUGUGGUGGGCCCUACGAUUUGCGGUCCUCUGUCAGAAAACAAUGGACGGAAACCCGUCAUGAUUGGAUUCUUUUUGCUCGCCACCAUUUUCAAUAUGGCUUGCGCCGUGGCCCCCAACUGGCCAGCCUUGCUCUUCUUCCGCUUCUUGACUGGUGUCGGAGCUUCUGGACCUAUAGCAAUAGUAGGAGGCCUCUAUGCGGAUGUCUAUGACGACCCCAGAGAGCGUGGAGUUGCAAUGGCCUGGUUUAUGGUGGCUACCACCGGAGGACCCGUUAUAGCACCGGUCAUAUCGGGUUUCAUCGGCGAAAAUACCACAUGGCGCUGGGUUUUCGGUGUGGGCACUAUCUUUGCUGCUGCAACGAUUCCACUUAUUCUCAUGAUGCCGGAAACAUACACUCCAGUUUUAUUGAGUCGCAAGUCCAAGAAGCUUCGCCAAGAAACCGGUGAUCCGGACAUAAUUGCCAGGACCGAUCUACAGAAGAAAGACUUCCAGCAUGUCAUUACGGUCGUCAUGACUCGUCCCUACCGAAUGCUUUUCCAGGAAGUCAUCGUCAUGUGUGUCUGUGCAUACUGUUCGUUGGCUUAUGGAAUCUUCUACCUUUAUUUUGAGGCAUAUCCGACCAUAUUUUACGGCCCAGAUUCGGUGUACAAAUGGUCAUCCGGCAUGGCUGGUUUGACAUUCCUGCCCAUUGGUAUUGGCGCUAUCUUCGCAGCUCCAAUAUUUCUGGGAUGGGAUUCUUAUUUAGCCAAGGCACAGAAGCGAAAGGCCAAGUGGGCCGAGAAGGAAGAAUAUCGACGAUUACCUCUGGCGUGCCUUGGUGGGCCACUCUACGUUGUUGCCCUAUUCUGGAUUGGUUGGAGUGCCAAACCCGACAUCCAUUGGCUUGUCCCUGUUACUUCGGGUGUUGCCUUUGGAAUGGCAUUUUUGCUCAUCUUCAUGGCACUGCUCAACUAUCUGACGGAUGCGUAUGAAAUAUUUGCCGCCAGUGCGCACGGAAUUGCCAGUACAUGUCGCAGCAUUUUCGGGACCCUUUUGCCAUUAGCAUCUAGUAGAAUGUUUUCUACUUUGGGUAUUGCAUGGGCGUGCAGUCUCCUUGCUUUCUUGAGCAUGGGCAUGGCAUUGAUCCCUUUUGUAUUUAUCAAGUUUGGAGAUCAGAUUCGUGAGAACAGCAGGUUUUGCCAACAGUUAAAGGAGAUUAAAGCCAAACAAGCUACAGAGAGACAAGGAGAGGAAGACAGGCAGGAUCAGGUUACCACAGAUGGUGGAUUAAGAGAUGUGGAAAAGAAAGAGACUAUGGAUCCUUCAUAUAAAGAGAGAGCAAAUUACGGGGUAUCCGACAAGGUAUAA